AUGAGUGACUGGGAAUGUUCAGGCACCCUCAAGUGCAUAGGUUCCUAUUGCACUUGUCCAUCUAAGGCCCCGUACAACGGUUUUGAAUGCCGGAACGAUAGUGAUUCGGGUAUAUCAUGUAAUUCGAAUGCUGACUGCGGUUUCCUCAACGGAACAGUCUGCAUUGGUACCGCUAACAGCUCUACAUGCGCAUGCCGGGACCCUUCGCAGAAGAUGAACACUUCGACUUUGGAAUGUGUGGAUAGAGAAAUGUACGACCCUUGUGACAACGACGAUGACUGCAUGAUGUCCCACACAUGUGAAGUCAUGUACGGCGGCUUAAGGCUUUGUAUGGACGAAUCAUAUAACAAUACCACCGGCAACUGGAGUAAUGGAGGAUUCAACAACACAAGCGACUAUUACAAGUCUUGCAUGAGUGACUGGGAUUGUUCAGGCACAUUUAAGUGCAUCGGUUCAUACUGCACGUGUCCAUCUAAGGCCCCGUACAACGGUGUUGAAUGCCGGAACGAUAGUGAUUCGGGUAUAUCAUGUAAUUCGAAUGCUGACUGCGGUUUCCUCAACGGAACAGUCUGCAUUGGUACCGCUAACAGCUCUACAUGCGCAUGCCGGGACCCUUCGCAGAAGAUGAACACUUCGACUUUGGAAUGUGUGGAUAGAGAAAUGUACGACCCUUGUGACAACGACGAUGACUGCAUGAUGUCCCACACAUGUGAAGUCAUGUACGGCGGCUUAAGGCUUUGUAUGGACGAAUCAUAUAACAAUACCACCGGCAACUGGAGUAAUGGAGGAUUCAACAACACAAGCGACUAUUACAAGUCUUGCAUGAGUGACUGGGAUUGUUCAGGCACCUUCAAGUGCAUCGGUUCCUAUUGCACUUGUCCAUCUAAGGCCCCGUACAACGGUUUUGAAUGCCGGAACGAUAGUGAUUCGGGAAUUACAUGCAAUACUAAUACUGACUGCGGUUUCCUCAACGGGACUGUCUGCAUUGGUACCGCUAACCGCUCGACAUGCGCAUGCCGGGACCCUUCGCAGAAGAUGAACACAUCGACUUUUGCAUGCGUGGAUAGAGGACUGUACGACCCUUGUGACAACGACGAUGACUGCAUGAUGUCCCACACAUGUGAAGUCAUGUACGGCGGCUUAAGGCUUUGUAUGGACGAAUCAUAUAACAAUACCACCGGCAACUGGAGUAAUGGAGGAUUCAACAACUCAAGCGACUAUUACAAGUCUUGCAUGAGUGACUGGGAUUGUUCAGGCACCUUCAAGUGCAUCGGUUCAUAUUGUACUUGUCCAUCUAAGGCCCCGUACAACGGUUUUGAAUGCCGGAACGAUAGUGAUUCGGGUAUAUCAUGUAAUUCGAAUGCUGACUGCGGUUUCCUCAACGGAACAGUCUGCAUUGGUACCGCUAACAGCUCUACAUGCGCAUGCCGGGACCCUUCGCAGAAGAUGAACACUUCGACUUUGGAAUGUGUGGAUAGAGAAAUGUACGACCCUUGUGACAACGACGAUGACUGCAUGAUGUCCCACACAUGUGAAGUCAUGUACGGCGGCUUAAGGCUUUGUAUGGACGAAUCAUAUAACAAUACCACCGGCAACUGGAGUAAUGGAGGAUUCAACAACACAAGCGACUAUUACAAGUCUUGCAUGAGUGACUGGGAUUGUUCAGGCACCUUCAAGUGCAUCGGUUCCUAUUGCACUUGUCCAUCUAAGGCCCCGUACAACGGUUUUGAAUGCCGGAACGAUAGUGAUUCGGGAAUUACAUGCAAUACUAAUACUGACUGCGGUUUCCUCAACGGGACUGUCUGCAUUGGUACCGCUAACCGCUCGACAUGCGCAUGCCGGGACCCUUCGCAGAAGAUGAACACAUCGACUUUUGCAUGCGUGGAUAGAGGACUGUACGACCCUUGUGACAACGACGAUGACUGCAUGAUGUCCCACACAUGUGAAGUCAUGUACGGCGGCUUAAGGCUUUGUAUGGACGAAUCAUAUAACAAUACCGCCGGCAACUGGAGUAAUGGAGGAUUCAACAACACAAGCGACUAUUACAAGUCUUGCAUGAGUGACUGGGAUUGUUCAGGCACCUUCAAGUGCAUCGGUUCCUAUUGCACUUGUCCAUCUAAGGCCCCGUACAACGGUUUUGAAUGCCGGAACGAUAGUGAUUCGGGUAUAUCAUGUAAUUCGAAUGCUGACUGCGGUUUCCUCAACGGAACAGUCUGCAUUGGUACCGCUAACAGCUCUACAUGCGCAUGCCGGGACCCUUCGCAGAAGAUGAACACUUCGACUUUUGCAUGUGUGGAUAGAGAAAUGUACGACCCUUGUGACAACGACGAUGACUGCAUGAUGUCCCACACAUGUGAAGUCAUGUACGGCGGCUUAAGGCUUUGUAUGGACGAAUCAUAUAACAAUACCACCGGCAACUGGACUAAUGGAGGAUUCAACAACACAAGCGACUAUUACAAGUCUUGCAUGAGUGACUGGGAUUGUUCAGGCACAUUCAAGUGCAUCGGUUCAAACUGCACGUGUCCAUCUAAGGCCCCGUACAACGGUGUUGAAUGCCGGAACGAUAGUGAUUCGGGUAUAUCAUGUUUUUCGAAUGCUGACUGCGGUUUCCUCAACGGAACUGUCUGCAUUGGUACCGCUAACCGCUCUACAUGCGCAUGCCGGGACCCUUCGCAGAAGAUGAACACAUCGACUUUUGCAUGCGUGGAUAGAGGACUGUACGACCCUUGUGACAACGACGAUGACUGCAUGAUGUCCCACACAUGUGAAGUCAUGUACGGCGGCUUAAGGCUUUGUAUGGACGAAUCAUUUAGCAAUACCACCGGAAACUGGACAAAUGAUGGAUUAAACAAUACAGAGAAUUGGACACCUGGACCAAAUAUGACAGGCAAUUGGACACCCGGACCAAAUAUGACAGGGAAUUGGACAACCGGAUCAAACAUGACAGGUAACGUUAAUACGUUUAGAGUAAACAGCCAUUGUUCUCAAUUUUUUCCAUGCGGCACGUAA